GAUAUACACCCUUGCACUUGUGUGCCAGAGAGGGUAACGAAAACCUCUGUAGAUUGUUACUUGAACACAACGCGGAUGUAAAUAUUCAGAAUGAAGAUGGAGAUACACUCUUGUACUUGUGUGCCAGAGAGGGUAAUGAAAACCUCUGUAGAUUGUUACUUGAACACAACGCGGAUGUAAAUAUUCAAGUUACAUGGGGAUAUACACUCUUGCACUUGUGUGCCAGAGAGGGUAACGAAAACCUCUGUAGACUGUUACUUGAACACAACGCAGAUGUAAAUAUUCAAGAUACAUGGGGAUAUACACCUUUGCACUUAUGUGCCAGAGAGGGUAACGAAAACCUCUGUAGAUUGUUACUUGAACACAACGCGGAUGUAAAUAUUCAAGAUACAUGGGGAUAUACACCCUUGCACUUGUGUACCAGAAAGGCUAACGAUAACCUCCGUAGAUUGCUGCUUGAACACAACGCCAUGCAGCGACAUCCCAAGUUUGAACUGAGUUCUGCGCAAAAAGCUAUCGAAACAAAAUAUACAACAGGUGUCGCUUCCGUUCAA